CCAUAAAACCCCGAGAUGCGGGCCAUUUUCCUCAAGGUCCCCAAGCAAUUUCCAUUUCCACCACUCCUCUCCUCGCAGCGCGCACCAACCCGCCGUCCUCUACUGCCACUCCUCCUCAUGGCCGACCCCUCCCGCUCCUCACCCACGGCCAGCGACGCCCCGCUCGCGGCGCCGGUGCCGGCGGCCUACGCGCCGGACACGGCCCUCGCCGCCGCUGCGCCGGAUCCGGACGUGGAGUUCGGGUUCCAGCGGCCGGAACUCGGGAAGGAGAAGCUGACCGGGACGGUAGGGUUCCACGAGCGCCACGUGUUCCUCUGCUACAAGGGCCCCGAGGUGUGGCCGUCCCACGUCGAGGCCGCCGAGUCCGACCGCCUCCCCCGCCUCCUCGCCGCCGCCAUCAAGGCCAGCAAGCCCAACCUGAAGAAGACCACCAAAUUGACCAUUUGUGAAGGAGAAGAUGGCACUGAGUCAUCAAAUGGAGAUGUGUUGAUCUUUCCAGAUAUGAUCAGAUACAAAGGGCUGACCCAUUUUGAUGUCAACAACUUUGUUGAAGAAGUACUUGUGAAAGAUACUGAGUGGCUUCCUGGAUCUCCUGAGGCUAUUAGAGGUUCCUAUGUUUUUGUUUGCUCCCAUGGAAGCAGGGACAAAAGGUGUGGUGUUUGUGGACCUGCUUUGAUUAAAAGGUUCAAGGAAGAGAUAAAUGGACUAAGCCUUGAUGGUCAGGUGUCUGUUAGUGCAUGCUCACACGUGGGAGGUCAUAAGUAUGCAGGAAAUGUCAUCAUUUUCAGUUCCGAUGCUAAUGGAGAAGUUACUGGUCAUUGGUACGGUUAUGUUGUUCCUGAUGAUGUGCCUGUCUUGCUGCAUAAACAUAUUAGACAAGGAGAAAUUGUGAACCAUCUUUGGAGGGGUCAGAUGGGUUUAUCUGAGGAGCAGCAGAAGAAAGCUUUCGAGCUUAGGAACACGACAACUGGUGGAGCGAGUGCCAAAGAACCCCUUGAAGAAACUGGAACAGAUGGUGCUUCUUGCAACCCUGCAGCGGCUGGUGGAUGCUGCCAGGACAAUGGUAGCUUUACUUGCUGCCAAAGUGAUCUGCCAAAGGAAAAACAGGAUAAGAGUGUUACACCUGAGCAGAACGAGAAGGGCUCUGAGAAGGAGAAUGACAAAGAGAGCGGUGCCGGCAGCAAGAAGGGGCACACAAAGAUAUGCCCGAUGCCCACCUGGUUUGAGACCUGGGAGAGGGCUGACACCAAUGCCGCUCUUGCUGUUGUUGCAGCUGCUGCCUCGGUGUUUGUCGCUUUCAGAAUAUACAAGAACCUCAGUUGAGAACUCGAGAUCCUUGAAGAAAUACCUUAAACAAGUCUAAAUUUUGUGCGCUACGGGCAGUCAACUGAAGUAAAACAGUCUGCCAUGAUAAUAAUAAUAUACUUGUGCAUAGUAACGCAAGGGUAGGGCUUUAAGUAGCUUAUCUGGAGACGGUGAUGAAAAGGUGUCACGCUUACUGUUCUCGUAUCAAACUCCAUGUGAAACUCCACUACGACAGAAGUUUCAAUGUCUUAGCUGCUGUUUAUCUUUGCAAGGUGAUGGGCUGGGCAUCAACAAUCACUGUGACGAUGUUAUCUUUUGUUUGCAUUUUGGAUGUUCUGGAGCA